CAAACCCUAGCUCAGAUCCCAUCCCCAAAUCACACCCUUCCUCCCUCGUUCCGAUCUCCUCGCCGCCGCCGCAACCUCCUCCCCGUCCCCGCCCCCUCCCGAUCCAUUCUUCUCCCCACCGCUCCCACCCAUCGUCGAUCUCGCUGUCCUCCUCACCCACCGUUCCCCGUUCCACUGACCUCCCCAUUCCUCGUUCCCUUCCAUUUUCCACCUCUCCUGCAGGAUCUAGAUCCAGGAGAGCUCCCUCCCAGAUCCAGAGCCUCCACCUGUGGCGGCGCUGUUGCCGUCGCGGUCGAGGGUUUGCGCGCGUGCAUGGUGGGGUUCUAAUUUGGCCCUGCUCGGCUCUGGCGGUGCUGUUUAAUUCGGCGGUGGCGACCUCUGGUGACAGAGCGGGAGUGGGGAGAUGGCGGCGGAGGCAACCGCGUGCGUCGUGGAGGUCGUUCAGGGACUCGCUGAAGGUGCUCGAGUGCAACAUCCAGCACGCCAACACCCUGGCGUCGGAGUGCUCGAGGCCGACAGCGCCACGCAUCGAUCCAGCACGCGGGUCACACUCCACAAGUGCGAGUGGCCGUGCGCGUACGGCCGGGCGGUGGCGAUGGUGCCGCAGGUGGAGAACCUCGCCGCCGGCCGCGCGCGGCUGGAGGCUGUGAGCGCGCUGCAGCACGAGUCCUGGGAGGCCCGCGACGUCCAUUGGCAGUGUGGCGCCUCCUCAAGGCGGAUGAGAACAUGCGGAUGUGGGAGGCGACGUGCAUGGGUAUGGCACAGUAGCCCUGCGGCGACGGCCGGGUGUUCGCCGGUAAGAGGACCAUUACGUGUGUCUGCUACUCUGCUUCCUAUCCUACUACUAGCACCGCGUUAUCACUGUUGCUGUAUUGAGAACCCCUAAAGAGUGAAAAUGAGAAUUUGAAAGAUUUUAUACAAAUCUUGGAGCCGGAGAACGAGAAGCUUAAGUGAUAGCAGCAAUUUUCCCAGUGGCAAGAGUGCGCGGGCGAUGAGGCGCGGCGGAGCGCUGCUCGCGAUGACGGGUGGCCUCACUCCACAGGUUUCCAAGGGGGUUUUAUUUAUGACAGCCUUGGAGCAGGGAAAACUAACAUGCUACUAAAGCUAACAUGGUGAAAUGUGAAGCCAAGCGUGAAGUCGUGAAGCCUAUAUGGAAAGAGUAGCAUAUCAAUAUAUUGUAAUAGUAUACUGUAGUAGGCAUAUUUGAGUUGUAGUAGUGUAAAGAUUGUAAUAGACUAAUUUAGUGUUUUUUGGACUAAUUUUAUUUGUUGUGUGAUCUGUUCAUAAUAUUGAUUUCGUAUGUGAUUUGUAUACCUAUGAAAUGGAAACCUCCCAAAUUGUUUGACAAAUUA